ACCUUCGUUUUCUCUUUUUGCUACCAAAACAAAUUAUUAGCCCACACCUCUGCCCCUAAAUUCUAAAGCUAAACCCCACAGUCCAUACAAAUAGAGAGCCACCCAGACCAGGAAAUCCAAAAUCCAAGAUCCUAAAUCCGAAGAACAAAGGAGUGUGAAUUGAGUUGAAGCCAUCAGGCAUCAGCCAUGGUUCCUUGUUUACAAGGUAUGGAUAGUGAAUUACCUCUUAAUGAGAAUGAUUCACAAGAUAUGGUUCUAUUUGAAGUUCUAAAUGAGGCUAUGGCUAUCAGGAACCCAUGGCUAUUACCUUCCAGAGACACAGUUCAUCACAAUGGAUCCGUCGGCCCUGAACCCACCAGGCAUGUCGGAAAGAAGCACUAUAGAGGCGUAAGACGCCGGCCGUGGGGGAAAUACGCCGCCGAAAUCCGUGACUCAACGCGACACGGUGCGCGUGUUUGGCUUGGUACCUUUGAUACUGCAGAGGAAGCUGCUUUGGCUUAUGAUAGAGCUGCAUUUAGGAUGAGGGGCGCUAAGGCUUUACUGAAUUUCCCAGCUGAGGUUCUUGCUUCUGAAUCUGUUCAUCAUGGAGUGAAGAAGCCCAAGGAGGGCUCCGGCUCCGGCUCCAGCCCCAGCUCGACCUCAAGUGAGAUCAUAAAGGUGGAAGAACAAUCUGAAUCGGAAACCGGUUCAGUUGUGGAAUUGCAGGAUUUGGGUUCAGAUUACUUGGAGAAGUUGUUAAAGUUUUCUGAGAUGGGAGAAGGGUUCUCUCCUUCUUCUUCUUCUUCUAGUUCAGUAAUCAAUCCUGAAACUUGAUCUGAACUUGUUCUGUUUUCUUCAUUUAUUGGAGUAAAGAGUGUUUGAAGGAUUUCUUUUUUUUGUAUAUAAAAGGAAUAGUAGAGAGGCAUUCGUUGUCUGCUGCUCUGCCACAGCCCACAGGCGAACAGAGGCAGAGCGCUCAUAAGAGUCGUGGAAGGGGUCACAGCAGAUAUGCAGUAGUGACUUCUUUGUAGUUUGUAAUAGAGAUCAGGGUAAAUUCAUAAUGGCUUUCCUUCUUUUCUA